AUGGAGAUGAAGUCGAAGGAGAAAGAGGAGGUAAAGCAAGCAGAUGAACUUGAAAACAUACUAACAAAGAAAUUUCUUAGAUUUUUGUCAAUGAGGGCAGAAGCGUUCCAGGUAUUGAGGAGAAAGCCAGUACAGGGUUAUGACAUUAGUUUUCUUAUUACCAAUUAUCACUGUGAGGAGAUGCAGAAGCACAAGCUUAUAGACUUUAUCGUGCAAUUCAUGGAGGACAUUGAUAAAGAGAUAAGCGAGUUGAAACUGUCUGUCAACACACGAGGAAGGCUCGUUGCUACAGAAUUUAUGAAACAAUUCAUCUGA